UGCAGCACCUGCAGUAUCAUCGGAGAUCGUGUGGUUUCGCGUGCUUAAUUGAACUUUUGAGCGCAUAUUUUGCAGAAAAUAUCAAAAAAGAAAAACAGACACCAAAAAAAAAAGAAAAGCUUAAUCUCCGGUUUAGCAAUUUAGUUUGCUUCGCAGUGUGUUUUUGCAACAAGAUAAACGAUACAAUCAGGGCUAACGUUUAAGACAAAAAAAGAGGCAGAAAACGGUGUGAUACGCGGCGUGUCUGUGCAAAUUUUUGAUGCUCCGUUGGGCAUCCAACCACACUGCGGCCAGCAACCUGUCGCCCUUGAUCAGGGUCUGGUCUUUUAGUAACACACACACAUCGCUCGGUGGCGAUAUUUGCAAAACUUUCCGAGCCUAAUAAUGAAGAACCAUUAAGGGUGGCUGGCGCUGGUAACGGUUUACAGAGGUACAACUUUCCCCUCCUUUGCCAGCGGUUGGAAGGAAAUUAAGGCUCUCUCUCCCUGGGGAUGGUGCGGAGUGGUGGAGGGUGAGACGAACAAGAAAACAAAAGCUAACAACAACAGCAAAGCGAUGGCUAUAAUGGGCACACGCUGGUGGAGGCUGUCGGUGGCUAGCGCCGCCGGAAAGUGAGAGUGUGGGGCCAGCCACUCUAAGACAGCUCCAGCUGCCGGCUGCCCAAAUAGAAAAGUCAUUCCGUAAGUCACCGGCGCGCAUCACAUUCACACACUGGCUCUGCGGGAGAAGAAGUUUCUACAUGUGUUUGUUUGUUUGUUUGUUUGUGUGAAUGUGUAUGUGCUGAUUACCAUUAGAGUGGCGUAAAGCGUAGAGAGGAUUCGAGAAAGAGGCUUAUUGGAAAAAUUGGAAACCAAUUGGUUUUUUUUUGUUGUGUGAAUUUUGGCCGUCGUGUGUGUUGUGUUGUGUGAUACACGCCCCAGAGCAACCAUCAUCAAGCUGAAUCCGAUGGAUUCACAGUGCUUAUUUUAAUAAAUUUUCUCACCAUCGUACAUCGUUAAUUAGUGACGUGGAGUUAGUGUGUGUGUGUGUGUGCACAAGUGUGUCUGUGGCCCUUGGGGGCCCCGUUGGUUCCGGGUUGUGUCAAUUGGUGUGCCCUUUUUGAAGUGACGAAGAAAGUGGAUGUAAUUUGCCCACCUGGGGCGAGCAAGUAAAGCCCGCUUUUAGUUUGUGUAGUGAUUUAAGAAAAAUAUAGUGGGUGGUUUGAGGAGGAAAAACAAAUACGUAACACACAUAAGCACAUUCCAUUGGUAAAACGCGAGAGCUUUGGUGCUCGCUUUAACUGUUAACCGAUGACGUCUCGCCCGCGCGUGGACGUUCGACUGUGAAGAGCGAAGGCACAACACGGGGACAACAUUCCUGGUGCUGCAACGGGAAGCGGGGUAAUUGCACACCAACGCAACAACAAUGUCGAAGGACACGACCCAAUCGCGCAUCCCCCGGCUGGACGGUGUGGGCAGCCGGAUACCGGUCCCGGGCAGCUUUCGCCUACCGAGCAGUGCGGUGCGGCUCCCUACCAAGCGGCCACCACACCAGGCGGCACCGCCGGCCACACCGAUCAGCUUGCUGCGGCCACCGUCCCGCUCCGGCGCGAUCUCGAUCGCCCGGUCCUACUCCGGCGACAAGCUGUCGAGCGGUGAGCCGAGCCCGUUCCCACUGCUGGCCGCUUCUACGCCGGCACUGCUCCGACUCGCCACACCGGCCGGCAAGCCGCAGGCCGGCGGGUUGCCCUUUCUCAAGAAGCUCGAGCUGGUCACGGCCGGCACGACCGAACGGCUCGAGGACAUUAAACUUUGCCGCCGGGAGUUUGCAAUCCCCAGCGACGACGACGAUGAAGAUGACGGGGACAAUGAGCAGGACGUGUGUGGCCCGGACGGAACCGUGCAGAUGCUGGUAGACGAAUCGCUCGAGCUGGUCGGUGCGAACAGUACGGACAACCUGCUGGACCCGCCUGCGGUGCCGUGCGGGGAGGUGGAACCGGCCACGUUCGUAAUCCCGCCGAGCGCGCCGAGCCACCGGAACGAGCACACCGUAACGCUGCAGCGCGAUGGGAACGUUACGUACGAGGUGCGGCGCAGCGGCACGUUCGUAAAGUCGUCCCGCGAGUCCCUGGCCAGCGACGGGCCGCGCCCACCCGUCAUGAGCCUGACGCACACCCGCAGCCAUACCUCGCUCUCCACGUGCGGCGCGGUGCUCGGGCUGACGAAAACAUUCCGCCGCGAAAGCACCGAAAGCAUCGAUUCGCCCGCGCUGGACGUUACGCGCACCAUGCCGUUUCGGCGCCGACCGUCGGCCGGCGAGCUGCUGCUGCAGGAGGAGCAGGAGGAGCAGGGUGGGCAUGGGCAGCCGGGGCGGCACCGACCCCCCAUACUGAACUCGACGAUGGUGAACGAGCGGCUGCUGAACUUUACGCAAAGCAUACCGAACAUCACGCAGGAGCUGCUGUACGGGGAGGGAGCGGGCCGGGAGCCGUGUCCGGCGCCGGGCGAUAGCGUGCUCAACCGCACGCACUCGGUCGAGGAGCAGCGGGGGCUGCUGGGUGGGAAGGGGAAGUCCAAUCGGCUGACGUUUAAUUUGGAGGAAUCGCUCAACCUGAUGCAGUUCGGUGAGGACGACGCGGCGGCGACGGGCGGCCGGCAGGGUCCGGUGUUUAGCUCAACGUUCCAUUCGGACUCGAUGGCGAUUCCAGCGGGAAGCGGUCAGAUGAAGCAGCUGGCGGCUGGACAGCUCAGCGGCACGAUGCUGAUGGACAUUAGUGCGCAGGACCGGACGCUUGUGCCGUCCGAGCUGGAGCGGUUCAGUGAUGGUGAGGAUGAGGAGCAGCGUAGUCACCCGGACCAGGGCAGGCGAACGAUUGAUCGGCAGCGGGAGGCGAGUCUAGAGGCGGACGUGAGCGCUGGGAAGGAAAUAUUCGACCUGAGCCUGGAGGAGCCCGAACCGAGCGAUCAGGAGCUGCUGCCACCGAGCUACCAGCAGCAGGAAGUCGUGGUGCGGCGUCAUCUGGAGGGUCGGGCCAGCACAGUGCCAGCCCCGAAGCAGCGGUACUCGUUCGGGCUCGACCUCACCGAGUGUACGCUGGACUGCUCGAUCGAGCUGUGCGAUUCGUCGCUUUCGCUCACCAAACCCGCGCCGCAGCUGAAGUCACCGACGAGCUCCCUCACCAAGCAGGGCUCGUUCGAGAUGGACGAGAGCUUGGGGAUCCUGACGCCCGAUCAGAUGAAAGAGUUUCUCGACUCGACCACCACCAACACGAACAACACGAACAAUGCGGCCAGUGCGGCCGGGUUGGAGCUGCAGCUGAAUGUGGGUGCGGGGGGUGGUGGUGGCGGAGCGGGCCAUCAUCAUCAUCAUCUGCAUCACAAGCACGGUGCGUUGCAGCAUCACUGCCGGAUCGAUCAGACACCGUCGCCGGAGGAAUUGCCGCUCGACCCGGUGGGCGUCAAGACGGACAUGUCGGACAUUAUGCUGCCGGCUGAGUUGCUGCUCAUAACAGGCGGUCCACAACCGUACAGUGGGGGUGGUGGUGGUGGUGGAGGUGUGCUUGGAGCAGCCGGUGGACCCUCCAGUACAGGCGCCGGUGUCAGUGAGCUGUCCCAGGCCGACUCCGACCCCAAAACGGAUCAGAUGACAAAGUCGGCCACCUCGUCGAAGGUGUCGAACAGCUUCAUUACGAGCAUCACGAGCAUUACCAGCCUGGAUACGGGGUACCAGGGCGAUGGGGAGAUGUCGCGCCCAGCCAGUCGCGGUGCCGACCAUUCCCCUUCGAAUGGGCCACGUGUUAAAUCGGCUGCGGGAGGCGGUGGAGGCGCCUGGCAACCGAUGAUGGCGGCGGCCGUUGCGGCGGUACCACGCCGCCAGGACCCGAUGACGGAUUCGGACUUCUUCACCGAGAGCGAUGCGGACGACGUGUACAACCGGGGGGACGCACGGCGGGCACAGAUCAUCGACGGCCAGCUGUACGGUGGGGCGGGUGCGCCAGGUGCCAAUGCCAUCUUCAAUGCGAUCGACGAGCAGGAGGAUGCCGAGCUGCAGCACCAGCAGCAGCGGGACGACGCCGCCCAGAACGAGGACUCGUGCAUGGAGUCGAGCGGGAUUUUCACCGACGUGGAAAACCGGGCCGACGAUGACCUGGUGCAGCGUCGGGCGGACGAUCAGCAGCAGGCGGCCGUUGCGGGGCGAGGUUACGGCGGCGGCGGCGGCGACCAGCUGACGGCCAGCGAUGACAUGAGCCCCGAGUCCCUGUCGACGGACACGAUGAGCAGCAGCAACAGCCAGAGCUUUGUGCGGGCCGCGGGAGCGCCGAGGGAUGACGCAGCGUGCGGUGAAGGUGAGACGCGCCCAUUGCCGCCCGACGAAUGUCCCGGGGGAGUCGGAGGUGGAAGCGCGGCGGACUUCGCUUCGCCGAAGGCGAACGAACCGCAGCAGCAAACGCCGCACCACUACCACCAACAGCCGGACGGGCGCGUUGAUAUUGGUGCCGGCGGUGGCAGCGGCGUCGUCGUUGUCGGCGCGAGUCCGACAGCUGGUUCGCCUGGUAGUGGUGUUGGUGCUGCUGGAAGCGUCGUCGCUGCGCGCUGUUCCGACAGCAGCUUCCACGACGUCAGUGGCAAGCGAUCGGUCGCGGCGUGCGGCAACCACAGCGGUGCUAACGGCAGUCGCAAGCAGCAGAAGAACGAAGCGAACCGCGGGCUGCGGACGAAGCAUCAGCAGCAGCAGCAUGCGCCAGCGGUGGUGGAAAUGUCCGCAACCACGUCCUCCGGUGGGGCCUCCUCGCGCACGGAUCGGUUAAGCAAGGUGCGCCAGUGUAAGCAGGAUUCGCAGGAAGCUUCGCGCGCCAUUUCGGCGGAGUGCAACGGUAGUGAGAGUGUCGAUUGUGAUCAGGAAAAUAAGCGUCCCAGUGUCCCGGCGGUGAGUGUUGGUGGUGCGCGUACAGGUGGUGUGAGUGCACGUGGUGGUGCGGGUGCGAGUGCCGGUGGUAGUGCCGGAUCCAAUCUAAGCUUUGUGAAAAAAUCCAACACCCCGAACAAGUGGGACGCGGUGAUGAGCAAGAUCGCGGAGAAUAAGUCGGUGAUGCGGCGCAAUUUCAGUGACGUCAAGUCGCGCAUUAGCUGCGGUGGUGGGGGUAGUGCAGUGGUCAGUGCAGGUGCAGCGAAAGGUGCAUCGUCGACGGUGGUGGGGCGGCGGGACUCGCCCGCCGCCACCGCCGCCGGCUCGCUCAGAAGCCCGCCGUCCGAGUGUACCAGCGUGGCGAGCCGCAGUUCCGCACACGGCAAGCGCACGAUCUCCGGCUCGGUGAAAAGAGGUCGCACCCACAGCAAAGACAGUGAGCAAAGCUCGCUGAGUGAUCUUAGCCUGUCCGGUGGCUCACCGAAGCUAACGCUGAAACUGCCCAGCACCCGACCAGCCAAAAAGCGAGAUGUGCGCACAAUUAACUCUUCAUCCAGCGACCUGGGACCGCCGUCCAAGACGAAUGGCGCACAGCCGGCACGGAGCAGCGCAGCCCGGGCGGCUGCCGCUUUGCAGAAACGUAUAUCUCCCAACCUGACAAGCGCCUCGAUUCCGCUCGUACCGGAGCAGCUGAAGGCAUCGCCGCCGACAAAGCGCAAUAUGCUGCUGAAGCGUAACGGCACCACCAAUGGAACGCUGCCUGCCAAGACACCACUGAAAGGUAAGCUUGCGGCCCAUCUCCUGAAAGAUAAGGAAGCCAACAAGGAAAACAGCAUCAAUGGAGAUCACAAUCGUCUUGCUGGGGCGACGGCGACCACGAAAUCGGCUGCCGCGGCGGCCACUGCCGGUACGGUCGCUGGCAGCAACCACUCGCCGAAACCGACGCUGGCCAAAUCGACGCUGCUACGGUCGACGAGCGCGGUCCCGACCACGGCGACGAAUCAUCACGCAACCCCACCACCACCACCAUCGCACCUGUCCCACCAUCCCCAGCAUGCGGUCAAUGGCGGCGGCGGCGGCAGCGGCGGGGUGGCCCACAACACGACGGCCGCUUCGGCGGCCAGCAACGCAACCGUCAAAGCGAUCCAGCGCAACGGCACGAUCAUACUGGACAAGUCCAGCUCCCCGCUGCUAAUCUGCGAGGUGGGCGAGCGGGCAAAAGGGGUCGCUGCCGGGGCGAGCAGUGCGACCAGCACGCCGGAAGUGCAAUCGAUACUGACGAUACUACCAUCCGCCUGCUCGACGCCGCUCGUGGCGACUGCCGGGACGCCGGUGGCGGCAGGAAAGGAACCGAACUGUGAUCAACUGCACCAGCAGCAGCAGCAGCACCACCAUCCGGUGCGCAACGGUCGUCACCGUGAAACGGCACCCCAUCACAGCGAGAGCAAAGGAUCGGAACUGGUCGACCUUGCCAUGCUCAGCCAUGCCCAGAAGGGCGUGGAAGCGUUGGGAGUUUUAGUACAAUACCUAGUUUUUAAUUUGGAUGCCUUCUCCUGUCCCACGAUCAAGGCGGCACACCAGAAGACCUCCGCCGACCUGCUGGAAACCAAGUCCAUACUGGACGAGGAGCGCACCAACAGCCAAACGCUGAAGCAGCAGCUGCUAGAAACGACGGAGCGCGAAACAGAGCUGCAGGAGCUGCAUCGCUGUGAGCUGAGCAAAGUUGAAACCUGUCUCAGUGAGCAGCAGCGCAGUGCGGACGACCGGAUUGCCGCACUGGAAGCGCAACUGCUCGCGAAAGAGUCCCACAGCCGCGAGCUGCUGGCGCGCAUCGAUGGCUACGAGGCGAAGCUGACCGACCAGGCGGAGCAGCUGGAAAGCGCUCGCGCCCGCGAGCUGGACCUGCUGCAGCGAAUCAACGCGCUCAGCUGCACCGAGAACGAGCUGCGCGACAAGGUACACUCCAGCGAGCUGGCCUUCAGCGAGCGGUUGCAGGCGGCGGCCAUGCGCGAGCGCGACCUCACCGACCAGAUCAACGGGCUGCACCGCGAGAUGGAGCGGAUGCGGCGCGAAACCGAGCGCAAGGAGCGCGAGCUGGAGGAGAAGCUCACGAUCACGAAGGAUGAGUGUGUGGUGCUGCGGCAGAGCCGGAACGGUUCGGUGGAACCGGCCUGCAGCCAGACCGGCAGUGGUACGGCAGCGGCCAGCAGCGGCAACACGAUGAACGUGUCGGGCAAUCCGCUGCAGCUGAACCGAUCGUCCGGCAACAUCAACCACCUGCAGGUGCUGCAGGACGAGGUGGACAGUUUGCGCUGCGUGCUCGACCUGAAGCAGCGCGAAAUUUCCGAGCUGCGCAAGCAGACGCAGGAGUACGAGCGGGACGCGAAGGAUCUGCCCGGUGCGCUGACGAAAAUUUCCGCGCUCGAGUCGCGCAUCGAGGAUCUGGAGGUGCAGCUGAAGACCAAAACGGAGGAAGAGAAAGAGCUGCAGCAAAAGUUGAAGCAUUUGCAGGACAACCUAAACCAGGAGACGAAGAUCAAGAGCCGGCUGUCGCUGCACAACGAGGAGCUCCAGUGGCGGCUCAAGCAAAACUCGGAAAAGUUCACGCUAGCGUACGCGGAGCUGUCCAAGAGCUACCACGAGAAUUCCAGCUUCAUGAUGAACGCGACGAAAUCGAGCCUGGACCAGUCGGUCUCGCACCACCAGCACCAGCUGAGCCACAACCAGUCGCGGUCGAGCUGCUCGGACCGGUUCUUCGACAUGGACGACAUUUCCCCGCCGACCUCGCCCGUCAUCAAGGGCAUGGUGGAGAAGAGCGACUCCGUCUCGUGGGUGCUCGAGAUCGACGACGAGCCGCCGGAGGUGUCGGCCUCGCGCAUGGUCCGCCGGGCUGGGUCGUUCCGCUCGAGCGCCGCGUACGACUCGGUGGCCAAGCGGCCAAAGUGCGCCGGCCUGAACCAAACCACCAGCGGCAUCCAGCAGUCGAGCUCGGCCGCCUCCAUCCUGAAGCAGCACUCCAGCGACCUGUCGGCGGCCGCGGUAAAGCCACCGCACUCGGGCGCCCCGUCCCACCGGUUGCGCUCCAAGUCGGUGAGCAUCAAGGCGGCCGAACCACCAAAGAAGAUCGUGCGCUCGAACUCGGGCGCCUCGGCAUCGCCCUGCCCGCCGGCGGGCGUUCCGUGCAAACCAUCGCUGCGCAUGGUGGAUCUGCCGGGCUCGUCGUGGAAGGAGCAGCCACUGUACAGCAGCUCCCCGUACGCCCACAAGCGCUACCUGACCGAGGAGCUGGAUUUGAUCGGCACGGGCAAACCGUUCGCCGAGCAGCAGCAGCAGCAGCAGCACCAUAACCGGGCGAAAGACUUGUUCCUGGAGGAGACGGAGUUUCUGAGCGAACCGGACAGUCCGUUCGCCCGCUGCCCGCCAAACGGGGCCGGUGAGGGCAACAUUGCCGAUCCGCCGGUCGAAAUCUUUCACCGCGACAAGACGCCCCACUUCAAGAAGAGCAAGGAAAACCGUGGCCUCAUUACCUGCGACACGACCGCACUGAUGGGGGGCGUCGGCAGUACGUCCAAGGCGUCCGGCAGUGGGGGUGGGCUGACGGCGCGGGAAAAGCGCCGCGAGUUUACGCGCAAUGCCGGCAGUGCGCUGAAGGAGGGAGCGGGUGAGGCGCUCGUAUCGGGCUCCAACUCGGACGACGAAGCGCUGUCCACGUCCUCGUCGUCGUCGGGCUCGUCCUCGUCCUGCAUCUCCGAGGCCAGCCUAUCGUCGGCGACGGGGAGCAGCAGCAGCAGCCACGACAACAGCCCCCUGCACAGUGGCAAGCGGAGCAGCGAGCGGAUGAACAACGAGCACGACGACACGGUGGAGGGUGCGGCGAACUCGUCGGACGAGCAUCCGUCCCAGCACCGGCGGCGCCAUUCGAACGUCUCGCUCGAGGACGCACUGAUGAAGAAGAUCGUGGCCAGCCUGAACGGGGGCGGCGACGAGCCGCACGACGGUACGCCGAUGGAGGUGAGCUGGUCGGAGGAUGGCGAUCCCGGGUCGGAAUCGAACGUAUGACAAGACGACGACAGUUUUUAGGGCGGACAGCGACAGAGAGGGCACGUGGGAGAGCAGCAGCAGGGAGGGGGGCGACCAUUGCGACAAAAGUGAAACACAUUAUUCUUUAAGAGUAGUCGGUACACCGAUCGGCGCAGUGGCGCGAGAGACGAACGGUGUGAAACAUACGGUGGGAGACGAUACUUCCUCGUUGCCCUUUGCCCUCCCUUUUCCUCCACGCAAUACGACGGGUAAAAAGCGCGGGUCAUAAUGAUUCCGCUCAAGUGAUUUGCAUUUUCUGCUUUCCGGAAAACCGAUUUGAGGAUCGAUCGGGUUCGAGCGACAAAAACACGACAAAAAUGCAAACAAUCGAAUGUGUGCGUGUUAAGGCUUUGGUUAGAUGUUAGGUUAGGUACUUCUGGUUCUCAUCACCUUACAAAAAGAAAAACUUCAAGAGUUGCUCGAGUUGCUUAUUAGUUGUUAUGAUGAUUAAUAUUUCCCUAUGUUUUUGUUUAGCGCGUAAGUUUGUUUAGUGUCCUACUAUUAUUACCAGUCGUUUAAUUUGUCGUUAAUAGAAUUAGCGCGAAAACCUCUCCCCACUCUUAUAUAUAUAAAAAACCCAAACACACACACGCGAGAUAGCUACGACACACACACGGAAAUCAAAUACUACUGUUACUACUAAUAAUGGCAUCACACUACUGAGAAAGAGACUAUUUAAUCGAAGAAAAUAAGAAACAGAGAGAGAGACAGCGAGUGCGACAUACAUAAUUGCAAAUGAGAACAGAUUGUCUUUGGAUUUUUUUUGUGGGCGGGUGUGUGUGUUGGUUCCACUUCGGUUCGGAUUAGAUUUAAGCCUGUCUUCGUGUGCAAAAACAAAGCUGCAAUUCGCGCUCUGCCAUGGCAAAAGAGGCUCCCGCUUGCUCGAUGUCCUCGAUCAAUCGCUGUCUGUCUGGAUGGAAACUGUCGUUAGAAGCCGAUCGUCUUUGGGAAGCAACCUCCAAUCGGGUUCAUCGCUGACCCUCACUCUCUGGGUGUGUGUGUCUGUAUAAAAUACCGAAAAACGCUUAGCAGCGCUAUAUAUUUGUCUCAAUGGACGCGAAACAUUGUGUUAGAGAAGGUUGAGCGAAUUAGUAUGUGUGUUCUUUCCGGACCAUAGCUUAGGUGUAUAGUAGUAGCGAUUAAAUCAAAACAAAUUUAAAACCACAACCAUUGUUAGUAUCCCCUUCUCUCCUACUUCCCACUCCUCUCCUUUGAUCGAAUAACCUUGAAUUGGGUCGCAACGUGACAUUCGCAACGCGACAUCGUGUUUUUCUUUUUUAACCUUAAGCACUGGACAAUGCAGAACGAUUCUUCCCCUUUUAUCUUUAUGUGUAUAUGUUUCCACUGUAUAACCUUUAACCCUUAACUUGUUACGCUGUUAUGUUGUUUGUAAAAUUUGUAACCACAAUUCACAGCACUGUUGGGUCGUCGAUGGUCUAUGGGUUUAAUGCUCCCCACAUUCGGCCGGCCCCGGGGGCAGUGCGUUGAGUUGUGUGGAAGAAGCGAACGCAAACCUGCGAGAGGAUCGCGUGUGGUUUGGUUUCGUGCUUGUAGAUUUUUUGGAACGUAGAUUUGUCCGAUCGCGGUAACCAUUACCGGGACCUUGUUUGCGGAUAAAACUUUGAACUGGACAAGUAGCGUGGAGCAUUUGUAGGCGCAAUCCGUAAGAAAACGAAAGAGAGAGAAAGAGAGAAAACGGUAGAAAAUAAAGUGUAAUAAUUUGUUGGGAAAUGAAAUUUUCCAUUCCCUUACUUAGAGACGAUACGAGCGUUUACAUGGAAGGAGCUAUAAAUACAAUCUAUAAACACUACUAAACACCAUACACACAUACAUACAUGCAAAACACACCCAACAUUAUGAAAGUGUUCUUCAACUACUUCAAUUACUGGUUUGGUAAAUAGUGAACGAAGCUGAACAUGAAUGUGGUAUAAGUGCAUAAGUUUCUUGGAAAAUAUGUGUGAGAGAGAGAGAAAGAGAGAGAUUGAAAGAAAAAGCCCCCUUAUUGUAAACUUUAUCUACUACUCAGAUUCUAUAAAAAAAGAACAAAACAAAACAAGUGAAUAAUUUAACCCAAAGCCGAAUGUGUUAAUAGCAAAGAUUGUCUUGAUUGUCUUGCAAAUGCAAACUCCAUUGCAAAAAGGUUGCACCUGCAUGGGUCUGCAGCCGAGAGAGAGAGAGAGAGCUAAAUCCCGAGAGAAAAGCAAAGCUGCGAUGAUCCAUUUGAGUUUAAAAUACAGAUUAAUGCAAACUGUAAUGCAUAUUGCAAAGUGAA